CAGUGUUGGGGGCCCCGGGCCGGAGGCCUCGGCCCGGGCUCGGCCCCGCAGCCACGGCCCGGGCUGUGGUGUACGAGCAGCACGGAGAUCCCGCCCGGGUCCUCCAACUGAAGAAUGUGGAGCUCGGGACGCCAGGCAGCAGGGAGGUGCUGGUGAAGAUGCUGGCGGCGCCCAUCAACCCGGCCGACAUCAACAUGGUCCAAGGCACAUAUGCGCUCCUCCCGGCGCUGCCUGCUGUGGGCGGGAAUGAAGGAGUCGGUCAGGUGGUUGCAGUCGGGAGCGACGUGACAUCCAUGGAGCCUGGGGACUGGGUGGUCCCCACUGACGCCGGCAUGGGAACCUGGCGGACUGUUGUGGUGCUGAGCGAGGAGGUGCUGGCGAAGGUGCCCCGGGACCUGCCCCUGCUGUGUGCAGCCACCCUGGGGGUCAAUCCCUGCACGGCCUACCGGAUGCUGACGGACUUCGAGGACCUGCAGCCGGGUGACACCGUGAUCCAGAAUGGCGCCAACAGUGGUGUGGGCCAGGCCGUCAUCCAGAUUGCGGCCGCCCGUGGGCUCCGCACCGUCAAUGUGGUCAGAGACAGGCCGAACAUCCAGGAGCUGGUGGACAGGCUGAAGGCCCUGGGGGCCGACCACGUCGUCACGGAGGAAAGGCUUAGGAACCCAGAGAUGAAGUCCUUGUUCAAGAGCACCCCCGAGCCCCGGCUUGCGCUCAACUGUAUCGGAGGGAAGAGUUCCACAGAGCUGCUGCGACACCUGGCGCCCGGUGGCACUAUGGUGACGUACGGAGGCAUGGCCAAGCAGCCCGUUCUGGCCUCAGUGAGUGUGUUCAUCUUCAAGGACGUCCGGCUGCGCGGUUUCUGGAUGACCCAGUGGAAGAAGGACCACAGUAUCGAGGAGUUCAGGGCGAUGCUGCUACACCUGAGUUCUCUGGCCCAGCGGGGGCAGCUGUCGGCCCCCUUCUGCUCCGAGGUGCCGCUGCAGGACUUCCGGACUGCUCUAGAUGCUGCCAUGAAGCCCUUCAGCUCUGCCAAGCAGGUUCUCAUCAUGUGAUGGCAGCAGCGGCGGUGGAGUUGGGGAGGAGCGGCGGCAGUGGGUCGUGGACAUCCUGCACUCACAGCUGGUCUGGGGGGAACUGCCUGUCCCUGGGACUGGGACGUCACCAGUCAGCACCUGCUGGGUGACCGACAGGCCAGGCCGGGACCCUCCCCCAAGCUCCCCAUGCUCCCCAUUAAAGACUGAGGGGUCUUGGCCUUCUAGUAAA